AUUUAAAAGCCUCAGAGACAGAUGCUGUCCGCUCUGCAAACACAUUCUGUAGGGAUCAGUCUGAGGUCACAUCGAAGAACUGAACGGAGAAGCUAUAUAGCUCGCAAGGAUAUAAUUUCUUGGAAAAUUGACGGAUAACUUUUUUUCUUUAUUCAUUGUUGUGAAUUAUAGGCUACACUAAACUUAGCAGUAACUUUUGAUGGGACACAGAGAAGAUUCAAGCUGUUUUCUGUCCGGAACGAAUCAUCACGCAAAAGAAUUGAUGGAGAUUCUGCGAAUUGAAAAACCUGGACGACAACUUUAUUUGUUUUGCACAGGAUAAUAUUAUUUUGCAGAGGCAGCUUACAGUUACAACCCAAAGGGUCUUUACAACCUGAUGCCAUAUAACCUUUUCAAUAACAUUUUUAUUCUACAGUUCUUCAGAAAACCAUAUGCACUAGUGCUUUUAUGAAGCACCCAGAAACCAGCACCAACAUAUUUAGAUAAUGUAAUCAUGAGCUUUCAGGGAACCAUGUAGGAAUGUCUUUAAAUAAGAAGGUUCUUCACUGAACCUAAGAGCCACUGAAGAACCUAGCUGUAAGAUCCUAUGGUGUGAAGCAGAAGAGAAGAGGGAAAAACACUGGCUUCCAAGUGAUUUUAUAUUUAGAAGUGAAAACACCCUCAUGAUCAUCACAGACUGGAUGUAAAGAUGACAAGCAUCUGGUUUGCUCUUCUGGGCUUCUUGUGGACUGUUUGUUUGGCAGGUAGUAGUUCUGUACUGGACCCAUCUGAGCUUCAGCCCAACUUCAUUCAUCGGAGGUUACAUUCUCAAGAGAAAAGAGAGAUGCAGAAAGAGAUCCUGUCCAUACUGGGACUGAACCACAGACCCAGACCACAUCUGAACAACGGCAAAUAUAAUUCAGCACCCCUCUUCAUGCUGGAUCUGUACAACAGCAUGUCCACUGAAGAGAAGAGCGACGUGGAUCAGUACAGAUCACUGUUCACCACCACACGACCCACUUUAACUUCACUAGAGUUUCUGCAUGACGCGGACAUGGUCAUGAGUUUUGUCAAUUUAGUUGAAAAUGAUAGAGAGCUUUCACCACAGAGAAGACACUAUAGAGAGUACAAAUUCAACCUGUCCCAGAUUCCAGAGGGAGAGGCCAUCACAGCAGCAGAAUUCAGGAUCUACAAGGAGUGUGUGACCAGGGCCACCCGCAAUGAGACGUUCUUUCUUAGUGUGUUCCAAGUGGUUGGGGAACAUCCAGACAGGGAUGUCGACCUGUUUCUGCUGGAAUCUCGCAGGUUGUGGGCUGCUGAAGAAGGUUGGUUGGAGUUUGACAUUACAGCAUUAAGUAAUCUCUGGGUGACGAGUCCACUUCAUAACCUGGGUCUACAGAUCAGUGUGGAGACCAGCAGUGGGUGGAGCAUCAAUCCCAAGGAAGCAGGGUUAGUAGGUCGUUAUGGUGCUCUAGAGAGGCAGCCUUUCAUGGUGGCCUUUUUUAAAGUGAGUGAAGUCCGUGUCCGAACUGGCCGGUCAGUGGGCAAACGACGUCAGAUGAACCGCAAUCGCUCCAACAGUCCACAGGAGACAUCAAAUCGAUCAGCUCAAACAGGAGAUUACAACAGUGAUCAGAAGACCGCCUGCAGAAAGCAUGAACUGUACGUCAGUUUCAGAGAACUGGGCUGGCAGGACUGGAUUAUUGCACCUGAGGGUUAUGCAGCAAACUACUGCGAUGGAGAAUGCUCUUUUCCGCUAAAUGCCCAUAUGAAUGCUACUAAUCAUGCUAUAGUACAGACACUGGUCCAUCUAAUGAAUCCACAGAACGUUCCGAAACCAUGCUGCGCUCCCACCAAACUGCAUGCAAUCUCCGUGCUCUACUAUGAUGACAACUCCAAUGUCAUUCUGAAAAAAUACAAGAACAUGGUGGUCCGCGCAUGUGGCUGCCACUAGCACAAGGGACACCUGCAAUCCUGCUCAAGUGCUGCACCACAGAGACAGAGACAAAUGUUUGUGAGGACUGACAAAACAAAAAAGCAAUCAUUAUGAACAAAUUUGAGAGAAUGUCUUGACGGUGGAUCCAGGUUUGCUGCUUCUCAUCUAUACACACAUGGCUAUUUGAUGUGACAUUUCGGAUACCACAAACUGCCAAGAGGAUGUUCAUGUGAAUCUAUAACAGAAAAUGAACUUGAUGCCUUAAGUCUAAAACAAAGACACAUUAAAAAAAUGCAAAGUGUGAGAUAAAAUGCUGUUUAAAAAUGUCUCUUACCAAAUAUUUAAAGGGGUUGCAUCAUACAUUAUAAUUUCAUUUUCUGUUACAAAACAGUCAAAUCAAUUCUUCAUGACUAUUUUCCACCCGCACUCUGAUGCUUGGAAUUAAAUGGGAUAUGUUUUUGCUGCUGUGCAUUUAGACGUUGUAUCUUUCUCAUGUUUUAAAAGGUCAGAACAAUUUAUUUUUUUAACCUUCAAGAAAUUCUUCCCUAAUAUAAAAAAAACGAUUUGUGUUCUGAAAGUUACAUAAGCUCUUCUAUUUCAAAAUAAAUUUUUAUGAAGAUUUCAUACUUAUGAAAUACUUUGUCCCAAAGCACAGAAAUCAGAGCAGGGUAUUUCUACCGCUCUGUGUGUUUUUGAUGAAGUCAUUUAAACCCACAGGACUCUAUUUUGGGUCUCAAAAACUCAAAUUAUUUUAAGUUUCUCAAUAUUUGCUCUGCACUACCUGUGGUUUGCAUCAGUGAGUCAGAGUGAGUGGUUACACAUUUCAACAGAACUCAAAGAAUGGAGCUAUUAUACUGCGGAACUUAUUUAAUGGCGUCCGACACCACAGAUCUAUAAUUUCCCUGCAACACCUGCACCUCAGAUGGCUUACAUCCAAAACUUCCCAUAAGACACGAGGACCUACAAAUAAUUUAAGAUUUUUCAGCAACAAAAUUGUGUUCUUUGCCAACGUUCUCACAGGGGCUGUAGAUUUUCCACCAGUCUAUGAUUUCAGCAGUUUAUCUUUUUUUUCUCGUCUUCUUCACUGUGAGCAGCUGAAUGGUACAAAAUUCUCUCUGGACAGAGGAUAUAGAUAUAUCGAAUUGAUUAAUACUUUCAUUUUUUAAUACCAAUACUGGAACCAAAUAUUUUGGUUGUUUAUAGUUCUGGAACUUCAUUAUUCUUCCAGUAAUGUGAGGGGAACGCUUUAGAAAAUAUGUAAAUUUUAAUUCUGUUUGGACGUCCAUUUAUUUCACUGACACAGGAACCCAACAGACCGACAGGAUCAUACCAACCAACCAAACCUUGACUACCUGGUUCACACUGACAGGGGUCACAUCAUUAACUAGUAUUGGGUUGUACUAGGCUGCUAGUAGGCAUUUCUAAUCCGCUGUAUUCAAAGUUCGCCCCAAAAAUUUAAUCUGAACAUAAAAAAAAGCAAUAAACUUUUUUCCAAAUAUUGUCAUUUUUACAAUUCAUAUCCCUACUUAUGUCACAUAUUCCCCACAGACUGCUGUUUACAUGUAUCAACCGUAUGUGGAUGCUUGUGUGUACUUUGUAUGUACAUUUUACAGUUUAUUUAUUGUUCCUUUUAUGACUCCUAUACCACAGAGAUCAUAUAACAAGAGUAAAGAAAAAAAAUAAAAACUGCUAUUUUUGGAAAAACACAUUUUAUUAUGAAAUUUGUCACAAUGUGCCUUUUUUGUACAAAAACCCCCACGCAGUGAGUGUACCCCUCUCACACAGGACAAAAAUACUGCGUUUUUCACUGAGGUUGGCUGUGACCAUGUGCCUCGCAUAAAGACUUCACUGAAUAUAUGUGGUUUCUGAUUGCUUUCCCCUUCCUUCUCUUUCAGAUCCAGUAAAAGAAAAAGAUAAACAUCUCUGAAAGGAAAUAUGUACAUUUUUGUAAAAUUUGUAAAAUAAUAUUUCUAACAGUCCAACUAGAAAAAUCUAAUGAAAGAAAAAGAAAAAAAUACAUCUGUAGAAUAAACAAAAUACUGUACCAUAACUUUUCACAACCUCUAAUGUACUUCAGAGUAAACCAUACAUUGACAAUACAGCAAAUAUGAUUUGUUUUGCAUUGUUUAACCUUGCAGAGUGUUGAGAAAAUCAAUUUUAAAUAGUAACAAAAAGUAGUAUAUAAUGGCAAGAUUAGGGAUCUGAGAUGCAUCUACUCCAUACAUAUGCCUAUAAGAACACCAAGAAGCUUUAUGACAAAUUAACCAAAAGUAGUUCAACAAAUGCCAUCCUUACUAAAGAAAUCUGGUUAAACCAGCCUGAUGUGGUUUGCUGGCGAUCAAGCUGGUUAAGACUGGCCUGGCUUGAUAAUUAUGGCACACUAUCUGAACCAGCUAAUCGCCAUCUUGUUCUUAGCUGGUUUAAGCAGGUCUCCCAGUUUGACAAAAUACCUUAGCCUACCUUAACAAUACAACCUUUUCAAAACCUGUAGACCACAACAGAAACAUUUGAAACUCCAAUAGAAAGAAAUGGAUGUGGUCAAAUUGCUGUUUGCAAGUUGGUAUCAUAUAGUGUUUUAUACUGAUUACAGAAAAAGGUAAAUCACAGCAGGCCCAUGUCAUUUUUCUUAAAUGGUACAUGGUCUCCCUGAGGUCACAUUUUCUUAGUUGACAGCAAACUAAUCUGAAUUUUCUCAAAUAUAACUUUUACGAAAUAUGCACCUUAAAAGAUAAUCUUAAUGGAAGUGUAAUUUUCUUUACAUCAUAAAGCUGUUCUUUUAAGGGAGAAAA